CAAUCCACGCCUUGGGCAAUCCACACGCGUUUUAUCAUUGUACUUUUAUAACAAACCCAGUGUAUAAGCACAAAGGAAUUUAUUACUUUGUUGACUUUUCACUCGUAAAAUAAACAAACAUCAAUAUUAUAACUAAGCGUUUAUUCCAAUGGUAGUGUUGUAUUGGACGUGAUAUUACACAAAUCCUAUUCAAAUUACGAUGAAGGUGAAUUUCAGUAUGUAAACCUAAUUCGGGAGAGUGCAGCGCGAAUGAGAAAAUGGUAAAUGACGCACAAGUACAGUCGCCACCAAAUUUGGUUGUGCGUGAAGAUGAGAAUCGCACAAACAUUGAGUGCAGUGUAGUCAGAUGUGUCAAAACUCUGGAGUAUAAGGGAUUGCUUUGGUCAUGUGGGCUCAGAGAAAUCUGUCUGACUGCUCUUUGGCUUCCACUAGGUGCUUUAAUAUUUUGUUACGUGACAGCCUCAAUAUUCCAAGCAGAUGAUAUACAUGAAACACAUUGUAAGGUUUACAAUGUGGUGCCGUCAAUAAGUGCGAUUACUGGUAUAAGCCCGCAGAGGUAUAUCUGGCGAAUAUGCGUCGCUUUCCACUUAGGACCAAGGUUGUUGAUAGGAUCCUUAUAUUACAACUAUCAUAAGGAGCGCACAGCUCAUAUCAUUGAAGAAAAGUCUCGAACCUUAGCGACGAAGUUAGGAGAGGCUUGUUAUUGGCUCAAUUUUGUAGAAUUACUCGCUCUCACUGGAGUUACGUAUGUUUCCAAUAGGGAAAAUUAUUUUGUGCACGAAAAGAUAUUCAUUGUGUUCAUGAUAACCUCGCUGGUGCACAUGCUGUGUCGAGCGAGGGUCGGCAGCAUCGGCAGCGACGUGGUGGAGCCAGUCAGAACCAACAAGCUGGUCUGGAUCCUGUUCUAUGUGGCUAUAGCAGCUACUGUCGGACUCAUCAUAUUCUUCCUUAGACAUCGACUGCUGUGUCGCCCUCUAGCUUUCACCUGGUUCUCCGUGUGCGAGUACAUCCUGGCGACAGCAAACAUGGCCUUCCAUGUCAUCGUGGUGAGGGACCUGCCCACCCACCAGCUUCAAGUUGUUUGUCCCACGCACGCCAAAACUAACUAGAGUAUAAGUAUACUUAAUUAAUAUCACAGGUUCUAAUGUCACUUGAAGUACGUUGAAAUCCUCGCCACCACGGGUGAAUAGAUUUGGAUGCGGUUUUUUUAUUUGAUAGCUAAUUUUUAUGAUCAAAAUCGAUUCAGCCGUUCAAAAGUAGUAGCUAAAUGAAUAUUGAAAGUCGGGGUUUUUUUAUUUGUAUAACAAAUAAAUGUGUCUAGUACGAACCUACAACGCAAUGCUACGACAACAACGCUACGACUUCGUAGCGUGUCCUUGCUCGUAACGCAACCAAGCUACGAUUGCUACGACACGCGAAAAAAAAAGUUUUAUCUAGCUUGCUUGACACGUUACUACAUACACCCAUGUAUUAUGUCCCAAGAUACCACAAAAUUAUAAAGGAAGUAUGGAAUAAGGAUAUUUUUAAUUAACAAAAAGACGCGUUACGAAAACUUGAUACUUAUGAAAGAUACACUACAUUCACCAAAUAGACACUAGAUGUUGCCCGGGGCUUCGCUCCCGUGGGAAUUUUAAUAAAAAAUAUAGCCUAUAGCAAUCUUGGCUAAUGUACCUUUCUAAUGGUGAAAUAAUUUUUGAAAUCGGUUCGGUAGUUUCAGAGAUUACCCGCCUCAAACAUACAAACUCACAAACGCUUACCUCUUUAUAAUAAUGUGACAUUGGCACCUGCGAGUGUAAAAAUACCAAUGUAUUUCAAUUUAAUGGUGUAAAUAAAACUAGCUUGUAGUCUUAUCAAUAAAAGUGAGCCAACUAUGUGUAAGUACGAAUAUGUAUGCGUGAAGUAAGUACCAUACUAUAGAUUUCUGAAACUCAUCUAAUUGCGCGUCAUUGGGCGAGAUGCGACUGCAGCCUUACGUGUUAAAAACCGAACAGAAAAAUCACCAUUAUUAAUCUAAUAUCUAGACUUAGAAAGCUUUUGUUUUACCCACAUAUUAAUAUAUUACUUGUUUUACCUACAUAAAAAUCAAUAUAGAGAAUAUGAGUUUGUGACUCGUUUGAAAUGUUUUUCCCUAAUUAACUAGUAGUACCUACGAUAUACCGUACUUACAUUAUAUAAAUAGCCUUAAUGUUUCGAAAAGAAGAAGCAUGAAGUACCUAAACUAUUGUAACUUUAGUUUCGACCGCUGCGGACAGCGCGGCCGAUUACGAUCCAUAAAUUUUCUUGAGGAAGGAAUCAUUUCCAAAAUCAAUCAUUCAUCAAAUUGACAUUAACCACAGUACAGAUUAAUUAUUUUAAAGUCAGAUAGUAAAACUAGUUCUUGUCUUUGUUAAAAUUUGAAAAAAGGUCGCGGCGGUCAAAUCGCUUUGAAAAACACCUAGGUACCUUUGAAUGUUUUUAUUAUAUUUAUUAAUUUAGGUGGAUAUUGUUUCUACAAGCGUGUAAGAUAAUAAAAUACUUAGUUAAGCAAUAUUAAUGUAUUAUCUCCGUAUUGCUAAAAUUCAGUUACCGCGAACAAAUUAAAAAUUAAGAUAAGCAUUGUAAAUAUUUAUUUGUCAUUGUGUAUUUUUCAAAUAUUUUGCAAAUAUGAUGGACCAAGAUAUAAGUGACAAGAUUACCACAAAUCUAUCUACAAAGUAAGUUCUAAACAUAUCUUGGAUUAAAAUUAUAAUUUUAAUAUGAUCAUUCAUGGUUAACGAAGAUAAUCAUGUUAAAAUUAACUGUACUUAUCUAUAUUUUCGCUUUCCACUUUACUGGUUUUGGUAUUUUGAAAUGACAUACGUAGUUACCUGACUAUAUAGAUUUAUCGAUUUUUUUACGUCUACUUAUAGGGAAUCACGUCCGCAGUAUUUUAAUUUAAGCAAAAUAAAGGUAGGUAUUUAUUUUCAUUAUUACGGGGUUUCAUGAAAAAUUUACCUUUUAAGAACUAUGAGUAGUAUUAUUUAAACAUGAUUAUAAUCAUAAUAUUUAUUUCUUUAAAACUAUUAUUUCAAUUACCACACAAAUAAAAAUGAAAUACUUAUUGCUAUAAAUAAAUAAAAAAAGUUAAAUGUAACUUUUUUUUUAAACAGAACCCGAAUAUUCUUAUUUUUAUAAAUAUAUAUUUUGAUCAUUAUUGCUUAAUACGUUUUAACUGUAAAUAAGUAUUCAGCAAUUUAGAACCCAGACGAGUAAAAGCCACAUAGAGUUAGACCUGUGCAUAGAUUCAACCAGCUUAAUUUAUUAAAAUAAAAGAAAAUACUUAAUCAUAGAGUUUAAGCAAGCCUCAUCUAUUAUUGUUAUUUAUUGUAUAGCCCAUAAGUAUAGCUACACUUAGAAUGUAUAACAAUUUAUAAGCCUGCAAUAAUAAGGGAAAUCGUAGUACUUAAUUUUUUUGCCUGAUAUUUACCUGUUUUAAUCGAAAAAUCUCAUAGCGUUAUCGGUAUUAAGAACAUAACUCUCCAUUUGAUCUCUUGGUUUUUUUAAAUAAAUAUAUUAUGGAUAUUUAUCGUUAAGCAUCUAUUUUGUUAUUGUUAUAUAAAUGUUGUAAUUUUACAAAGAAAAUGUUAUUGUGAACCUGAGUAAUUUUUGUACUAUAAAAAUCUAUAUACCUAGCCCUUAGUUUAAGGCGCUUACAGAUCGAAUUGUAGAUAUAAAUUAAUUAGGUAUACAUAGAUAAUAUACUUAUGUAGAGUUAUCUUAGGUAGGUAUAGAGUUCAAUUAAUUGGUUAAGUAUUAACUUAUAAUUAGGUAGAUUACAGCUUUCGCUACUAAAAUAGUUUCAAAUCAUACUUAAUAAUGCCUACUAAUAUAUUUGUAAGACUAUGAAAGUCUAUAAGUAUGUUUUUUUUUAAAGUACUAGUUAUCUAACUGUUUAUUUUAAAUUAUCGAAUUCAAUUAUCUAAAUUGCCAUUUGCUUAUCACCAUCCACCUUUUUUUACAAAACUUUCCGAUUGGGGUCCAAACCACAGACUAAAAAUGUCCUAACUCUCAGGUACCCAUGUGAAUUCUUGCUAAUUUGAUUUAUAGAUUACAAUUGAAAAUUUUAUGAAAGCAUUCGCACAAAAUUUAUAAGGAUACUUAACAUAGUACACAUAAAGUACUUAAAUACCUACGAAUUGUUUACCAAUAUUAUUUAAAAUUUGUUGUUUGUAAUUCGAAUAAGUCGUUAAUAUGAGAGACAAAAAAGAGAGACAGCGAAGUACUGAUUUAAAAUUAAUUUUGAUUGUGUGGACCGGGGUAAAAUAGUUAACUCAGGUAUUUAAAUGAAUGAACCCAUUCCUUAUUUUCUUGUAUGCAUCUUUAGUUAUAAUUUAUAAAUACAAACACUUAGCGAAACGGAACUCAGAUAUAUAUUCAUGUAUAAACUAAAGUAGGUAAGACGAAUGUCAUUAAAAUGAAAUGUUCAAGUGACUGAAAUUUAUGUUUAUUCAUAAAGUACAAUAUACAGACAAAAAAGGUUGUAGCCAGUAAGUAUAUUUGUCAACUUUAUACUUACUCGAUUACAUGGAAUAUACGGAAUGUGAAUAAAUGACUUACGAAAAGACAAAAGCAGUUUUCUUACCCUAU